CCGCCGAAAUAAAAGCCUAGCAAUUACCUCACCUUGUAACAUUAGGUUUAGGCAUAAUAAUUCAGAAGCUGGAACUUUUUCUCAUAACUGUCCGAAAUGUCUUACCAACUUUCUGAAGGGGCAAUCAGGACGAUAAUGAACGGAGGCGAGUACUUGAACCCCGUUGUGCAGAUUCUGGGCAGUAAAGCGAUUCCCGCACAAAGUGGGGCUACUGAGCGAUACCGGCUGCUAAUAUCAGAUGGCGAGUACCUCAACAGCUUUGCCAUGCUUGCCACCCAGCUGACUCCAAUGUUAACUUCUGGUCAGCUUUCAGAGUACUCAGUAGUCAAGAUCACCAACCAUGUUGUCAGUGCUGUGAAAAAUGAUAAAGGCUCAAAGAGAAUAAUGAUCAUUCUUGAAAUCGAUGUGCUGAAGCCAGGCUCUGAAGUUGGCAUGAAAAUAGGAAACCCGGUUCCUUUUACUGAAGGUGCAGAAAAACCGAAAACUCAAGAAGCACCAAAUGCAUCUACACAACCUGCUAGAACACAGACACCAAGAAGGUCCAUAAAUGAUACGGUAUACAACACUCCCAGUGCAACAAGAACACAUCCCAUAGUGAGCCUUAGCCCUUAUCAGAACAACUGGGUGAUCAAGGCUCGAGUAAUGAGCAAAUCCCCAAUGAGGACCUGGAGCAAUGCCAAAUCCGAAGGCAAACUGUUUAGCAUCGACUUAAUCGACGAAAGCGGAGAAAUAAGGGCAACAGCGUUCAAAGAACAGGCUGACAAGUAUUUUGAUUUAAUUGAAGAGAAUAAGAUCUACUACAUAAGUAAAUGCAUUUUAAAAAUGGCCAAUAAAAAGUUCUCGACGCUGAAAAAUGAUUAUGAAAUGACCUUCACAAAUGAUACCAAAGUUAUACCCUGCGUUGAACAAGAUGACAAGAUUCCAACUCUACAGUUCAAUUUCCAAAGCAUCGCCACAAUACAAGAAGCCGAAGCUGGUGCACUUAUUGAUUUCAUCGGAGUAUGCAAAUCUGCAAGUGAUGUAGUAAAUCUAACAUCUAGAACAACAAAUAAAGAGUUGAAAAAGCGGGAAGUGAUUGUUGUCGAUCCUUCUUUAUCAUCGGUAGUUCUUACUCUUUGGGGUCAACAAGCUGAGGAUUUUUCAGCUGACACUCAACCAGUGGUCGCAAUUAGAGCCGGUAAAGUUUCCGAAUUUGGCGGCGGGAAAACCGUGUCACUUAUCGGCAGUUCAAGCAUGCAGAUCAACCCCGAUAUUCCGGAAGCGCACCGAAUCCGUGGAUGGUUUGACUGCUUGACAGACGACACCAAAUUUAACUCUGUCUCAUCGAGGCUCGCCGAUUCUGGCAAUUCCAGUGGUCAGUUUUACACCAUAGCCGAGGCCAAAGCAGCCAAGCUGGGCUGCAGCGACAAGGCAGACUACUUCAACCUUUACAGCAACAUCCUUUACAUUAAAACAGAUAAGUGUGUUUACAAAGCUUGCCCCACUCCGGAUUGUCAAAAGAAAGUUAUCGAUCAAAACACCGGACAGUACAGAUGCGAGAAAUGCAACAAAGAAUUUGAUAAUUUCAAAUAUAGACUUAUGCUUACUGCAAAUAUUGGUGAUUUUACUGGUAACCAGUGGAUUACAAUGUUCCAAGACAGCGCUGAAGAACUUCUUUCCACAAAGGCCGAUGAUGUCGGGAGAUGGCAGGAAGAGGAUGGCAGCCAGUUCAACGAGGUAUUCAAGAACGUCACACUUAAACCGUAUGUCUUCAGGGUCAGGGCAAAGAUGGAAACGUUCAACGAUGAGAACCGCCUCAAGCUGACAGCCUUUUCCGUUAAAAAGCCCGACUAUAAAGAAAGGUGUACGCGGCUCAUAUCGGAAAUAAAAGAAAUGGCAGGCAUCCAGUUGGCCAAUUAAAUUUAACAUUUUAGCCAGUUAUAAAUGCGAAGUUUCUCUUUUGUAUCAUAAAAAAAGAUAAUUUUUUUAACUGUAGUGUUAAUUUAUUUUUAUCCAAGCUAAUAAAACAUUUGUACGCCAGCUGCUAGUAAAAUACUCCCUCAAAACCAUAAACCAGUUGUUUUAAGUAUAAUUUUGCGUUAAUCAUGUCAAUAAUUGUUUAAAAUGUAAAUAAAUGUUUUUUCCUUCUUA